CUAGUUUGCCCAGCAGCCUGUAAACCAGUGGUGCUCAGUGGAGCGCUGGAUCAUCUCGGCGGUGUCAGGAUUGAUCGCGUUUCAGUGCGUGUCCGGUCUCAGUGAUGUGCCGCUCGGACAUUCUUCUCAUCUGGAACAGCAUGUGAGCUUCGGUUUUGGAGGCGACCAGCGAGUAAAUGGACGAACAAGAAGUGUUUUCCUGUACACCAGAUCCAGGUGACAGCGUGUGCGCUGGAUGCAGAGGCAGGAUUCAGGAUGCUUUUCAUGUCAAACUGUACAAAGACUUCUGGCACAACGCUUGUUUUCGGUGCUCUGAGUGCUGCGAUCUCCUGACCAACUGGUACUAUGAGCGGGAAGGAAAACUCUACUGCGGGAAACACUACUGGGAGAAAUUUGGGGAGCUGUGUCAUGGCUGCUCGUUGCUAAUGACUGGACCAGCUAUGGUGGCUGGAGAAUACAAGUAUCACCCUGAGUGUUUUGUGUGUCUGAGGUGUAAGGUGGUGAUCGAGGAACGGGAUACAUACGCCCUGGUGGAACGCUUCAAACUCUACUGUGGUAAAUGCUAUAAGCAGGAGGUCCUGGCACCCAUGUUGGAAAGGCGCUGCACGGCCGACUCGUCUCCCGACACGCUGCCUCACACAGUGACGCUGGUGUCCAUGCCGGCGGCGGCUAAUGGGAAACGAGGCUUCAGCGUAAGCGUGCUUCGGGACUGCAACAGCACUACAGCAAGCGUGCAUGUCAAAGAGGUACGGGGGAUGCUGAUCAGCCCGGAGGUUCGGAAUGCCAUCCAUGUCGGUGACCGCAUCCUGGAGAUUAAUGGCCUUCCAGUAGGAACGCUGAUGGAGAACGAGGUGGAGGAUCUCAUCCAUCGAACCAGUCAGACGCUGCAGCUGCUGAUCGAAUAUGAUCCAGUGAGACAGAGACUGGACCGACUUCGCCUGGGCACACCCAACAACCGUCUGGGCGUUCCUGCCUCGUCACGUCUGCGUCUGUCCUCCCCGACUGACGCAGUGAUCGAGAGGACAGAUAAUGAUGAUGGGACACUAAAGAGGAGAUCUCUCAGGCGCAGUAACAGUAUCUGUAAGUCCCCGGGGCCCACAUCCCCUAAGGAGCACCCGUUUUUGGCACGGGACAUCAGUCGCUCCGAAUCCCUCCGAGCCUCCUCCAGCUGCUCCCAUCGCAUUUUCCGACCGUGUGAUCUUAUCCACGGAGAGGUGCUCGGCAAGGGCUUCUUCGGUCAAGCCAUCAAGGUCACCCAUAAGGCCACAGGAGAGGUCAUGGUCAUGAAAGAGCUGAUCCGCUGUGACGAAGAGACGCAAAAAACCUUCCUGAAAGAGGUCAAAGUGAUGCGCAGUUUGGAUCACCCUAACGUCCUCAAGUUCAUCGGUGUGUUGUAUAAAGACAAGCGGCUCAAUUUAAUCACAGAGUUCAUCGAGGGUGGAACCCUGAAGGACUUCAUUAGAGAUGUGGACCCGUUCCCAUGGAGGCAGAGGGUCAGCUUUGCCAAGGGCAUCGCUUCAGGAAUGUCAUACCUGCACUCCAUGAGCAUUAUCCACCGAGAUUUGAACUCGCACAACUGCCUGGUAAAACUGGACAACACAGUGGUAGUGGCGGACUUUGGUUUGUCCCGUCUUAUCAUGGAGGACAAGGUGAAGCAGCCCUCUCCUGACAAGCCCACUAACAGAAGGAUAUUCCGUCGCAUCGACCGCAAAAAGCGCUACACGGUGGUGGGCAACCCGUAUUGGAUGGCUCCGGAGAUGCUUAACGGUAAACGCUACGACGAGAAAGUGGACGUGUUUUCCUACGGCAUCUUGCUCUGCGAGAUCAUCGGCCAGGUGUACGCCGAUCCCGAGUGUCUGCCCCGGACGCUGGACUUUGGGCUCAACGUGGGCAAGUUUAGAGAGAAGUUUCUACCUGAAGACUGUCCCCCUGCUUUCUUCCCAUUAGCCGUGGCCUGCUGUGACCUCAUUCCUGACAGCCGGCCGGCCUUCCAGAAGCUGGAGGACUGUUUUGAGGCUUUGGCUCUAAACCUGGAGCUCGGGAUCCCUCUUCCGGCAGAACUCGAUGAGCUGCAGCAGAGACUUUGGAAACCUAACGGGUCCAAGAGUGACAUCCUGUCCCCAAAUUCCAGCUCUUCUCCAGAGCGCCCCAGCAUGGAGAACGACGCCACGUAGCCGUAACACGCAAAAGCUCAAGUCGGUUUGGGGACCAGUUCGUUAUUUCCUGCACAGAGAAGUUUACAUGAACUGAUAUGCUGGAUUUGAUGCGCUCAGUGUGUUUACAUUGCGUUCACACUGGGAUGCUUGUGCUGAGUCAGAAUGUUGAGGGCAUUUUUGAGCUGAUGGGUCUUUUGUUAUGAUCUGCUUUGGGAGGCAUAUUUCAUGACUCAAGGAGGGUUUUUUUCUGUUCUUAUUUUUUUCCCUUUUUCAUUUAAGGGUAAGGCUUUUUUUUCUCCCUUACGUUACAGAUUCACUUGGAAUAUUUUUGCAUCCCGCUUCUUAUUUAUAAACGGAGUGCUUGCAACUAGAAAAAUGACAUGCAGAUGCUAGGAACAGAUAAAAACAAAACAAAAAAAGGGUCCGAAUGUGCCUUCUAUUGUGUGUACUGUGAGCGUGCGUUGAAUUUGAAUUAAAUCGGUAGUAUCUUGUGGUGCAGAGACUGUUAAUCACGACUUUGUAACAUGACUUUAGGGGUCUUGGAGCGCAGGAUGUUAAAAUCAGGUUGUUACUGAAUGCUGAACGCAUCGUUUCAGAUGGUGAAGUUUACUGAAUCCUGCUGCCCCCUGGUGGUUGGUUACAUUAAUGUUGCGCUUGCUCAGCAAGGACAACAUUUCCUGGACAAAAAAAUAAAAACUGGAUCCUUUUUUUUUUUUCUUUUUAAAGGAAAGCAAGAAUAGAGUGAACUGACAGCAGCAGUAGUUGUUCAGAUACCACUCAUUUUGUGUAAUGGGAAAGUCUUUAUCCUGACCACGGGUUACAGAUUUCUAAAUGUUCAGUAGCAUUGAUAUUUCUGGUAAAGCACAGAAACCUAAAGAUAACUGGAGAUGAUUUUUGUUGUUGUUGUUGUUGUGUAAUAAGAAUUAUUAGUGUCGGAGUUGUAUAGAGGUUGUAAUUGCGUAGUGUCGGAUUACUUUGGUUUGCCGAUCGCAUUUUUUUUUUAGAAUGUAAAAAGACCAACUUUUCCACUAGCAUUCUGUUUCAAAAAGGUACUUGAUGUGUGAACAUCAUAACCACUGAUAUUUGUACUUCCUGUGUUCCUGACUCUGUUUCAUCAAUAAAUUAAUUAUCUAUCA